CUCUCGGCUCUCCUACUGUUCUCUCCGCUCCCCCUGGCUCCUCUCUCCUCGGCUGUGCUCCCCCAGGCUCCGCUCCCGUUCUCUCUGCUCCCCCUGGCUCCGCUGCCUUCAGCUCCGCUGCCCCCGGCUCCGCUCGGCGCCCCGGGCUCUGCCCUCUCCGGGUGGCCGCGGGGCCGCCGCUCUCCGUGCCUGGAUGCGCCCCCCGCCACCGCGCCCGCGGCUCCCAUGGCGGUGGCACGGAAAAUCAAAACUUUGUUGACGGUGAACAUCUUGGUCUUCGUGGGCAUCAUCCUGUUCUCCGUGUACUGCAGGAUCCAGGACCGUUCGCAGGAGCUGGUGCAGAUCGUCCGGAGCGCGGAGCGCCGGGCCAGGAGCCGCGGCGCCAAGGUGGGCAGCCUGGCCGACAGGGAGUCCAUCCUGCAGCGCCUGGACCACCUGGAGGAAGUGGUCUACAACCAGCUCAAUGGUCUGGCAAAGCCCAUGGGAUUAGUGGAAGGUCCAGGAGGUUUGGGCCAGGGGGGAAUGGCUGCUACCCUGAGAGAUGACAGCCAUGAAUCAGAGACUAAGUAUGAAGAGUAUGGUUACAAUGCCCAGCUCAGUGACAGGAUAUCACUGGACAGGUCCAUCCCUGACUACAGACCUAAAAAGUGCAAGCAGAUGAGCUACCCGGAGGACCUGCCCCAGAUCUCGGUGGUGUUCAUCUUUGUGAACGAGGCUCUCUCUGUCAUCCUGCGCUCCGUGCACAGCGUGGUGAACCACACCCCGUCCCACCUGCUCAAGGAGAUCAUCCUGGUGGAUGACAACAGUGACAAUGUUGAGCUGAAGUUUAACCUGGACCAGUACGUGCACAAGAGGUACCCGGGGCUGGUGAAGAUCGUGCGCAACAACAAACGUGAGGGGCUGAUCCGAGCCAGGAUCCAGGGCUGGAAAGCUGCAACAUCCCCCGUGGUGGGGUUCUUCGAUGCCCACGUGGAGUUCAACACUGGCUGGGCAGAGCCAGCACUGACGCGGAUCAAGGAGGAUCGCAAGCGCAUCAUCCUGCCCGCCAUCGACAACAUCAAGUACAACACCUUUGAGGUGCAGCAGUACGCCAACGCUGCCCACGGCUACAACUGGGGGCUCUGGUGCAUGUACAUCAUCCCACCACAGGACUGGCUUGAUAAAGGGGAUGAGUCAGCUCCCAUCAGGACACCAGCCAUGAUUGGAUGCUCCUUUGUGGUGGACAGAGAGUAUUUUGGGGAGAUUGGCCUGCUGGACCCUGGCAUGGAGGUCUAUGGAGGAGAAAACAUCGAGUUGGGCAUGAGGGUGUGGCAGUGCGGGGGCAGCAUGGAGGUGCUGCCCUGCUCCCGCGUGGCGCACAUCGAGCGCACCAAGAAGCCCUACAACAACGACAUCGACUACUAUGCAAAGCGCAACGCCCUGCGCGCCGCCGAGGUCUGGAUGGACGACUUCAAAUCCCACGUCUACAUGGCCUGGAACAUCCCCAUGGCAAACCCCGGAGUUGACUUUGGAGAUGUUUCUGAACGAAUUGCUCUGCGACAGCGACUGCAGUGCCGGAGCUUUAAGUGGUACUUGGAGAACGUGUACCCUGAGAUGAGGGUUUACAAUAACACAGUCACUUAUGGAGAGGUGCGGAACAGCAAAGCCAGCGGCUACUGCCUGGACCAGGGGGCUGAAGAGGAUGACAAAGCCAUCCUUUAUCCCUGCCAUGGAAUGUCCUCCCAGCUUGUCCGCUACAGCUCGGAAGGUGUCCUGCAGCUGGGGCCCCUGGGCUCCACCGCCUUCCUGCCCGACUCCAAAUGCCUGGUGGAUGAUGGCAAGGGCAGGACACCCACCCUCAAGAAGUGUGAAGAUGUCCUGAGGCCAGCACAGAGGUUCUGGGAUUUCACACAGAAUGGUCCAAUCAUCAGCAGAGACACAGGCCGUUGUCUAGAAGUGGAAAUGUCAAAGGAUGCAAAUUUUGGGCUCAGAUUGGUCGUACAAAGGUGCUCGGGGCAGAAAUGGAUGAUUAGAAACUGGAUCAAGCAUGGGAGGCACUGACUGUGGGGCUGAGCUGCCUCUCCUGCUGCUGUCCAUUGCUCAGUGUGCCAUAUCUCCUGAGGCAUUUGUCUUAAAGUAAAUUAGUUUGAACAGAUCUUGGCCCUCAAGAGUCCUCCAUCGUUGGGCAUUCCAAGGAAAGAAAGAAGAAAAAGGAAAGCAGACACAUACAUGCCCUGUUUGACUUUUCCUUGCUCCAGCAGAUGAUGUGAGAAGCUCAACGAGAGUUUUCUGUUGAUUUGGAAAUCUUGUGAAGACCAGAACACAACAGGAAAGUGGAUUCCUUCAGCUCUCCUAGAGGAAUUGACAGAUCUUUCUAUGCUGAGUUCAAAGGAGACAUCCCAAUACUGCCUCAUAAAGAGAGUUCUCUGAUGGGUAGCUUUUUAGCUUUAAGUUUUGGACUGGUGCACAACUCCUACAGUGAAUAAUUAUGUGCCUUUUUUAUUGUACUUCGUAUAAAAGAGGACUGGAAAAAUCCUACCUUUUCAGCAUGUCUGGUUCGUUGUACUAAACAAGAAGAUCUGUAAAUAACAUUGGAAAUAUACUAUAAUAUAUGAUGCAUUUCAAGAUUGAUUGUUUAGGAGUCUCUGUUUCUAGAAAGAGACUGUUCUGCAAAUGUUUACAGGUGGUUCUCAACCUUUGAGCUGCUGGAGAGCAGCAUUUUAGAGACCUCUUCUAGUUAGACACAGAUAAAUGUUGAAUAGGUAAAAUAGCCACAUGCUCCGUUAUAUUGCCACAUUUUACAUUUGUUGGCUGUAGAGACAUCACAGUUUAGCACUUGGAUAUUUGGCUCUUCUGAGGCAGUAAAUGUCCUGGUGGAUGGAUGGAUUUCAGGAGGCCUCAGCUGGCCCCAAAGCCCUGAGUGUGUGUCCUGUCCUGCAGGUCACUGUUGUGUUGUUCCAGAGACUGCCUGGAACAAGAAUACUUCCAAAUCCUCCUUAUUCUGGAAAUAAGUUGACUGGCUUAGUUGCCAUCUGUGGAGCUUAAAAACUUGGAUCUUCCAUUUUGUUUCCCAUCCUGUGAAAAUGUCAAAUGUGAGCAAAUAUGCUGUGUGAGCACUGUCUAGACAAAUUUCCUGAAUAAACCAACAAAGUUUUUUCAGCAUUUGAAAAACAAACACAAGCCUGGUUAUAAGAACGCAAAUUAGAGCUAGAGGUAGGGAGCAUAUAUAAAUACUGUUACUCUGAAAUAUAAAUAUUUUACUCUAGCUGACCCAUUGGCAGCAUCUUUGUAAACCUGAAUUUAAUAAUGCAUCCAGUGGUUCAUGCAGGGUCAGUGCAUAUGGACAGAACAGUGACAAAGUCUUUUCCAAAAAGCUGUCAAUAUUAAUGAGCACUGUCAUCAGCAGGUUUUGGAUGUGGGUCCGUGGCACACAGCUUUUCUGUACAGAUGAUUUCAGUCAUACUGAAGGAGAGACAGAGAUGGUAUCUGUUAAUUUCACAGUUUAAUUUUUUAUAGUUUAAAAAAAAAUUGUUUUGUUUUACUGAGCCAGAGAAAUAGAUAAUUGCAGUCACUGUGGUACUGUGAAUCUUGGUGAUCUGUUCCUUGAAUAACUUUUGCCAUUCCUAUUUCAAGGCAUGCUGAACAAAAUUUAAUGGAAACAAAGUUAAUUUUUCAAGGGCAUGAUAUGUAAUAAAAUUUUUACUUUUAACAUGCAAAAUCCAUCAGGUCUUGUCAAGUCUUGGUUAGUAUCUAGAAAGCAUAUCACUAUGUUUUGCCCCAGUUUUAUUCUUGAAAUAGAGUGUGCAAGAUGCAAUACCAAGCCAAUUCUCCUGGAGUUUACUUGUGGCUAAUUGCUGAUCUUUAUUCAUGCCUCAUGGACCAGGUUACACGUGAGCAUAUACAAAAGAGUAAUUCUGGGUGUGAUUCUAGGUACAAAAAUACUUAAAAUUCUGUGUUUGUGGUAAGUUGAACACAACCUUUUGAAAAGUGUAAUAAGACCUGCAGGGAGAGUAGCAUCUUUAAUAAAUCAAGCAAUACUGUAUAAAAUCACGGACAAUCUCAGUAUUCAAGCCUUCCUGCAGGUCCGAAACAGGUAGGAAACUUCAGGCUAAAUAGAGAUUGGGAAAAGCUGCCCUGCAUUUAACCUCCUUAUGUUAAGCUAUCAGACAAUUUAAAGUUAUAUUUAGCAUCUAUGCAGCAGAUGUUGAAGGCUUUGUACAGAAGUGAGUUUGUAAGUGAGUUUUCAUCUUCUCUCCAAACACAAUUUCCACCUUUUAAACUGUAUGAAAGCUUUAUUCUCCUUUUGUUUGCUCUGAUGGAGUUUUACUCCUUGAGGGAGGUGAGAAAGCAGAGGAAGGAAAAGAUGGUUUCACCAGGUGAGAUUUUGGGGGAGUAACAGGACAUUCACACCCAUUUUUAGUCUUUCCAGUGAGUAAGUGCUAACUAUUUUAUAUGAACAUGGCAGGAAGUGGAAAUUAAUUAUAUAUCAGUGUGACCUAUUAGAGUAUGAAGUGACAGUACUGAACAGAAGCAAAUAUGUCACGUGCUUUCUUUUUCCCUUUUAUUUUUCCUUGUCUUGAAUUAGCAAUCUUCACUUGAUCCUUGGUUAGCCCCUUAGUGGGGCAGCAAGCUUUUCAAACCCUGGGUAAAUGAAAAAGGAAAAUUGAAUAUUUAGAGGAAUUUAAAGUUUAAAUCUACGCUCAUGAAACAAAUCUGGCAUAGGCAGUUUAGGAGCUUUGAAGCUGAGAGGACCAGAUAGAUCUGUGUUUACUGGCAGAGAUUUCAAACCUUCAUCUGACACCACCAUGAUCAAAGAGAAUUGGGUUUCUUGGAAUUUUGCCCUGAGGGCAUUUGACUGUGGCCACACUGUCUGAGAGUGGUCAGUCCUGGCAGGUUUGAGUGCCAAGGCCACCAGCUGCAGGAGGCUUACAAGAACCAGACUUAGGGUACAAGAAGGAAAACAGGUUUUUGUGGUAGAUAAAUGGCUUUGAGAUUUACAUAGUAACAUAAAAGAAAUCAAAUAACUCUUAAAAGGUGGAGUUGGUAUUUUAUGUGAUUGUCAUUUUUUUAAGACUUGCUGGAACAAUUUCUUAUAUUUGCAAAACACAUCUGUUGGAUUAAUUUUCCUUUAUUCUUUAUCUGUAUGAACCACUGCUUUGGCUGUGGUACUAACAUGGUGACUCUGCAUGUGAGAGAGUCUUAAAUAUUCUCUCGUCAAAGGAAUAAUAAUAAAAAAAGCCUUGAGUAUUAUCUGUUUUAACCAAAGUCUAUGGUUCUUUUGUCAGUAUUUCACCCCUUAGUAUAAUCUGAAAUCCUGCUUAAUGGUGUUCAAAUUUUCAGUCUUGUUUCCCACAGUGCAGCAUUCUAGAUCUCAUGAAAACUAUUCAAUGUAGUGUAAUAUGCCUUGUGGAGAAAAUUCAGAUCAAAGGCUUUCUAUGCUAUUUUGUUUGAUUUAGAGGAUUAUGGAGCUAAAUACUAGGUCAUAGGACAAAAGAAUAGAAGGUAAGAAAGACCAGCACACCAGUAAUAAAGUCUAGCACACUGUUGUAAAAGCCAAACCAGGAAAAAUAUUAUUUUCUAAGCAUAUUAGAGCCCCUAAAAAUGGGUUUGGGUCCUAAGGUAAUAAAAGCCUUUUCUUUUUUGAGAGCUAUAGACUAUUUUCCAAGCUGAAUUUAAUUUUGGUUUGGUUGAAUCUAUUUGUUCCUCAGCUAGAGCUGCCCUGUAGCCUUACUGGCUUGCUGGUUCCUGAGGCAUGCUAAGCCCCAGUGGGAAGGAAACAAGAGAAAUUUGAUGCUUUGGAAGGACCCACUGGAUUCCCUUGCAAUCAUGUAAGUUCUCUAUUGUGCUCACCCAUCAGAACUCUUCAGGCCUGUGCCACAUGCAAAAAACCAAACUCAGGUUGCACAGAAGUGUUUUAAGACAAAAAUAUGGAAACAAACAACAGCUCUUCAUACGUAUUUUCAAAGUGUUGAAAUGUUUCUCUCAGUUGAAUUAAUAAUUUGGGGCUUGAUGUAUCUGAAGAUGAAGCCUUCAUGGUCCUUCAUUUACAGUCCUUUUCAUUGACCUGUCCCUUUUAAAAAACUGAUCUAGUAGAUGAAAAUCUCACUUGCCGUGUGACAAGGGGUGUAAUCUAUCUGACACAGGAUAGCUGCAGUUUUAAGUACUUAAGUCAUAGCUAGUCAGAUUUAAUGAAAUAGCACCAGUCCUAAUCUGUUCUUUAGAUCAAUUACACAGUGUGUAAUUCCUUCAGUAACCAGUAUUCAUUUGAAAUGGUUCAUUACCAGCCACACAAAAGUGCAUUAUGGCCAGUUUCAGGAUCCAGGGAGUUGGGCUGUAAGAAAUACAACAGAAGUUGUAGUUCAGAGGGAGAUUAACAUAUUAUUAUUCAGAUAGGGCACAAAUACCUUUGUUUUUCAUGAGAGGCUUUGGGAGGAAGAACAACUACCAGAAUUCACUUGAUUGAAGGUGUUCCUAACAAUGAUGUUCUAUUUUUUUCUGCUGCUAUUUUGACUGCCUGCUUCUUAGUGCUGAUCAAAGUCAAUGGUAGAGGUCAUAGCACAGAUAAAAGAUGGUGUUGCAAAUUAGAAUAUCUAGCUAACAGGCUGGAUAGAAACCAAGGAAUGAUCAGAUCUCUAAAUCUAGAUGCCACCACAGGAAACUUAAUACCCAAAAAUUCUCUUUGGAAAGAAUCCCAAACUACAGUGACCUCUUUAGUGCGUUAUAAUGGAUUUCAGAAUGGCUCCAUAAAAUUCAGUGACUUACUUUACAAAAGCAUUAAUGACAUGUAACUAAAAGGUAUUGAGUUCAGGGGUUGUCCUAAAUAAAAACAAUGGGGUUUGGCCAGGAAUGCUUACAAAUACCCAGGGAAACAAUAUAUGGCAACCUGCUUUUGAAAAACAAUUUCUGAAUCAAGAGUGUCUUCAAAGACCUGUCAAAGCAUUGAUUACUUUUCAUAGUAUUAGUGUUUCCUAUUGGCCAUCAACAAGUGUUGUGCAGUUCUCAAACUCUUUGUAAUGUUUAAUUUUAAAAAAUUGCAGCAACUAGAAUGCAAGUUGUGACUGCAAAUAUUUUUUCAUUAUGUGGCACAUCAUCAAACCAAUUUGUAUUCACACAGGAAAAGUUAAUAAAUUACUAUGCAUUUUACUGCUGACAUGAGCUGCAUGUUUUAUCAUUGUACAUUUGGACACGCAUAUUAAAAUUCCAAGAUUCACACAAAGGAAAACUAGAGUAGCAAAGCAUAUGGGCAUUUUAAAAUUUAAAUUGCACAUAUUGUGUUCUGAAAGGCAGUCACCACACACUCGUAAGAGACUUGGCCCUGGGGUGCACAACCAAAACUGGAUUGAUAACAGUGCAGACUAAUGUCAUCUACAUAUCCAGCAUCUCAUUACUGCAAACAGUCAAUAAUUGUUGUUUAGAAAUAUGAAAUAGGAUGUAGGGAAAAUGUAGAAUGAUCCUUUCACCAUGUAUGUCCCCCUAAUUUCUCACGGUAAGGCCUUCCCAAGCUAUAGGCUCUACACCAUCCCAACCAUUAGAUUUAAUGACACUGGGGCUGUAUGUAUCCAAUCCACUCAGAGCUCUGGGUAUCACAACAUCCUGUAAUACAUCCUGUGCUGUAAUAAAUAGCACUGUUGCUGUGAGUCAGUACCACAGACUCUCAUUCCAUAGGAUGCCCUGUAGUUCUCUUAUGGUGAAAAGCUGUGAAUAACUGCUGCCAACUCUUUUUUAACACCCUUUUUCGUUUGACCUCUGUCAUCCUGUUUUAAAAUAUAUUUCUGAACUGAC